AUGUUUCUUUUGUCGACGAGACGAGCUAUCGCAAGCACGAAGAACAGUAUGCUGAUGCAAUUCGGGCAGUUCGUCUCCCACGACAUCACGAAAAACGCACUGUCGAAUAUCUGUAACUGCGGCACGAACAAUAUCCGAUGUGCAAACGUUAUUCGACCUCCAACGGACCCAACGAGAGGGGCUUGUGUACCUUUCACUCGUUCCGUGCACGUCUGUGGAACGGGCAUGCCAGGUCGCCCUAGGGAACAGUACAACGAGAACACUGCCUUCAUCGAUGGUAGCUCGGUGUACUCGUCCGAACCUGUGACGCUGCGUUCGCUGCGAGCCGGACCUUUCCUGAAGACAAACGUCGUGAACGGUCGAAUGUUCCCACCAAACAACGGAAGAGAUUCGAUGACUGCUGGUGACGAUCGAGCCACUCUCUUUGUCGGUUUGGCUGCCAUGCACACCACUUUCCUACGUCUUCAUAAUGGGUAA